AUGCCCAAGCCAUCCGAGAAACCUCAUACGUUAACAUCGCCCGUGCUGUGGACUGCGAAGUCGCCGGAGCUGUUGCCGGUAUUGCUGCCGCUGCGUCUAACCCUUGCUGCCGCCGACACUGGUGACGCCCCAGCUCCCGCUGCCAAAUCCUUGGGAUGGUAA